AUGUCCACCGACGACCUAAAAUCCCAUGCCACCUCUGGCACCCACGACUUCUACGCCCUCCUCGACAUCUCACCCGCAGUGGCCUCGACCGAAAUCCGACGCGCAUAUCGACGCACAGCCCUCAAAUACCAUCCGGAUAAGAUUACCAACCCGACGCAGGAAGACAUCGACAAGUUCCACCUCCUCCAAAUCGCAAAUGAUGUUCUUUCCGACCCGACGGUGCGUCAGCUGUAUGAUAAUGCACGGGAGGCGCGGGAGCGCAAGAAGCGCGAGCAUGAUAUGAUGGACGCGGCGAAAAGGAAGAUGAAAGAUGAUUUAGAGGCGAGGGAGAGAGCUGGGGCUGCUGGAGGUGUGGGUGCGCAACGCGGGGUGAAGAGGGCUUGGGGCGCUAUGGGUGAUGACGACACGGAGGAAAAGCUGGCACGGGAGAUUGAGAGGAUUGCGGAGGAUGGGAGGAGGAGGCGUAGGGAGGCGGAGGAGAAGUUGAGGAAGGAGGUUGAGGAGGACGAGAAGAGGCUGCGUGAGGAGGAAGAGGAGAAGCAGCGGGUUAAAGAUCGGAGUUCGAAGCGGGUUGAUCGAUCAAAUGAGGGCGGGAAGAAUGUCCCUGAGCAGGAGCGCGCGGUGAAGGUGCGCUGGGUUAGGGAGGGACGGGGCUUGGAUAUCGACAAGGACCGCCUGACGGUGUUGUUUGCGCCAUUUGGUGCAAUCGAGAGUGUUCUUGUCCUGAAGGACAGAAGGCAACGGCUUGGGGAUAAGAAGGAGAAGAAGACCGUUGCGACGGGGGUGAUUGUCUUCGCUUCCAUUGUUAGUGCGCAUACUGCCGUGCUGGAUAGCGAGAAAUUCAUGCACGAGAGCCUCUCCCGGACGGCCAGCGACUGGAACGUGAUCGACUCUGUCUUUUGGGCCACGGGAGAGCAACCAGAGCUAGCAGGACGAAACACGGGCCCUGCAUCUCCGCAAAGCCAGGGACAAGCCGCUCCUUCACCGAAGGAGCAGAGUGCACCAGCCUCAGCUCCCAAACCCACUUUCAGUUUCGCUGGGCUCAAGGCUGCAGGAUCUGGCGGGCAGUCAGGGAAAGCGCCUUCUUUCGGUUCUUUCGCAUCAGCAGCUGGUGGUUCCAAACCAGCGCCCCCUGCUGAGUCGGCGAAUGGCGUGAAGACGCCCAGUUUGGAAGAAGUCACGCUGAUGCGGUUGAAGAAUGCGCAACGUGAAAAGGAGCGAAAAGCGAUGGAAGAGCAACUGAGGAAAGAAGACGAAGCUGCUGAUGCCGCUGAGGAUGCAGCCACGAGAGGCUAA